CCGUCUUCAUCAAUCAUCAUGUCCGAUUAUGUCCUCUACAACUAUACCCCCUCACUUGCGGCCGCAGUUAUUUGCAUGCUUCUUUUUAUUACUUUUACGUCCGGCCACAUAUUCUUCGUUUGGAAGCAUAAGACAAAAUUCUUCAUUACAUUUAUAAUUGGUGGCUUAUUCGAAACAAUUGGAUAUGGAGCACGAGCAGUCAACGCCCACGAAGCCCCGAAUUACGCCACUAUGCCCUAUGCCUUACAGAGCCUUUUUAUUUUACUGGCCCCCUCUCUCUUUGCCGCAUCGAUUUAUAUGAUUCUUGGCCGAAUCAUAUGUUUAGUGGAUGGUAAUUCUAGAUCUCUGAUUCGCUCAACUAAAUUGACAAAGAUGUUUGUGCUGGGCGACGUGUUGUCAUUUUUUAUUCAGAGCGGAGGAGGUGCAAUUAUGUCUGGUGCUAAAACAUCCAGUAAACUGAAACUCGGUGAAGAUGUUAUUGUCGUUGGUUUGAUCGUCCAAAUUAUCUUUUUUGGGUUCUUUGUCGUUGUCUCUGUCGUCUUUCAUAAGCGCAUGGAGAGCAAUCCCACCUCAGCAGCAAUGUCUACUCCAGUGAAGUGGCAGCAGUACAUGUUUGUACUUUAUUCAGCAAGCGCUAUGAUUAUGAUCCGUUGUCUAUAUCGCGUCAUUGAGUAUAUUCAAGGAUCCACUGGCUUUCUGCAAAGCCACGAGUAUUUUGCGUACGCAUUUGAUACUUCGCUGAUGCUUAUAGUCAUGCUCAUCUUCCUGAUUUUCCACCCAAGUCAAAUCACUUCUCAGGGACGUGCUAAAUUGGAUGAUGUGGAGCUCAUGCGUGGAGACAUAUAG